CUACCUAAGUUUACGACUGCAGAGGUCGGCCAGCUCGAAGGAACGAAACCAUAUAACGACCUACAAUAGCCCGACUUAAUCACAAUCCAAAAACCUGAGCCCAUAGAACAGAAAUGGCCUGGAAAGGAGAAUGAAACAAUCUCAGCCCAGCCUACUAUCAUCCAGCCGCGACGCCGUCUCCGCGCCGCCUAUAUAAAGACCCCACUCCACUAGGGUUUCUCGUCGGUAGCCGUCGGUUCACUUCUCCAGGUAAGGAAAGGGUUCGUACUCAUGGCGCCGCCGCAGCCAAAGUCGGGCCUUUUCGUUGGCAUCAACAAGGGUCAUGUCGUCACCAAGCGCGAGCUGCCUCCCCGCCCGUGCCACCGCAAGGGGAAAUCAACGAAGAGGGUGUCUAUGGUCAGGGGCCUGAUCAGAGAGGUUGCUGGGUUUGCUCCUUAUGAGAAGCGUAUCACUGAGCUUCUGAAGGUUGGCAAGGACAAGCGUGCCCUGAAGCUUGCUAAGAGAAAGCUUGGAACUCACAAGAGGGCAAAGAAGAAGAGAGAGGAGAUGGCGGGCGUCCUCAGGAAGAUGAGGUCGGCUGGUACGCACACUGACAAAAAGAAAUAGAGAGCAUUUCAAGUUCAUGGAGCUGGCUGCCAGAGAUUAUGUUCCAGUGUCUGAUUUUCCAUACAUGUAGAACCUAAUAGACAUGUCAAAGUAUUAUGUAUCGAACCAGCUCAUGGGAUUUUGCUCCUUCCAAUGCAUCCAGGGUUUAUGUAUCGAACCAAUUUAUGGGAUCUUGCUCUUAUUCUAAUGCAUCCAUGGUUUGUGAAUC